UCAGUUGUGAGACCCGGAGCUGCUGACCCAGCGGGUGGCCCACCGAACCGGCGACACAGCGACAGGCGUCAGGGCUCGGGAGCUGCGAGCCUGGCCUCGUCCUAGAGCUCGGCCGAGCCGUCGCCGCCGUCGACCCCCGCCCCCAGUCAGCAAACCGCCGCCGCGGGCGCGCCCCCGCUCUGCGCUGUGUCUCCGAUGGCGUCCGCCUCAGGGGCCAUGGCGAAGCACGAGCAGAUCCUGGUCCUCGACCCGCCCACAGACCUCAAAUUCAAAGGCCCCUUCACAGAUGUAGUCACUACAAAUCUUAAAUUGCGAAAUCCAUCGGAUCGAAAAGUGUGUUUCAAAGUGAAGACUACAGCACCUCGCCGAUACUGUGUGAGGCCCAACAGUGGAAUUAUUGAGCCAGGGUCAACUGUGACUGUUUCAGUAAUGUUACAGCCCUUUGACUAUGAUCCAAAUGAAAAGAGUAAACACAAGUUUAUGGUACAGACAAUUUUUGCUCCACCAAACACUUCAGAUAUGGAAGCUGUGUGGAAAGAGGCAAAACCUGAUGAAUUAAUGGAUUCCAAAUUGAGAUGUGUAUUUGAAAUGCCUAAUGAAAAUGAUAAAUUGGGUGUAACUCCACCAGGGAAUGCUCCGACUGUCACUUCAGUGAGCAGCAUCAACAACACAGUUGCAACACCCGCCAGUUACCACAUGAAGGAUGACCCCAGGGGACUCAGUGUGUUGAAGCAGGAGAAACGGAAGAACGACAUGGAACCUAGCAAAACUGUUCCACUGAAUGCAUCUAAACAAGAUGGACCUAUGCCAAAACCACACAGUGUUUCACUUAAUGACACCGAAACAAGGAAACUAAUGGAAGAGUGUAAAAGACUUCAGGGGGAAAUGAUGAAGCUAUCAGAAGAAAAUCGACACCUGAGAGAUGAAGGUUUAAGGCUCAGAAAGGUAGCACAUUCGGAUAAACCUGGAUCAACCUCAACUGCAUCCUUCAGAGAUAAUGUCACCAGUCCUCUUCCUUCACUUCUUGUUGUAAUUGCAGCCAUUUUCAUUGGAUUCUUUCUAGGGAAAUUCAUCUUGUAGAGUGAAGCAUGCAGAGUGCUAUUUCUUUUUUUUUUUUUUCUCUUGACCAGAAAAAGAUUUGUUUACCUACCAUUUCAUUGGUAGUAUGGCCCGCGGUGACCAUUUUUUUGUGUGUACAGCGUCAUAUAGGCUUUGCCUUUAAUGAUCUCUUACGGUUAGAAAACACAAUAAAAACAAACUGUUCGGCUACUGGACAAAUUGUAUAUUACCAGAUCAUCACUAGCAGAUGUCAGUUGCACAUUCAGUCCUUUAUGAAAUUCAUAAAUAAAGAAUUGUUCUUUCUUUGUGGUUUUAAUAAGAGUUCGAGAAUUGUUCAGAGUCUUGUAAAUGUUAUUUUAAUAAUCCCUUUAAAUUUUAUCUGUUGCUGUUACCUCUUGAAAUAUGAUUUAUUUAGAUUGCUAAUCCCACUCAUUCAGGAAAUGCCAAGAGGUAUUCCUUGGGGAAAUGGUGCCUCUUACAGUGUAAAUUUUUCCUCCUUUACCUUUGCUAAUAUCAUGGCAGAAUUUUUCUUAUCCCUUGUGAGGCAGUUGUUGACUUGAGUUUUUCAUCCUUACAAUCCUGUCCCAUGGUAUUUAACAUAAAAAAAAUAAAACUGUUAACAGAUUCUUGCUCGAUAGCUUGUUUGUGUCUGUCAUGUUAUUAGAGGGGAGUCCACUAUAUAUGGUCACUUGAAAUUAUGAUGCAAAGGUUUCUCUUGCAUUGAAACCCUCUCGGAUAUUACAGUAUUUUUAAUUGAAAGUCCUAAUUCUGUUAAGGAAAGGAGUUGAUUAAAUUUUAAGGUACUGCUGGUAUUUUGGGAGAUUAUAACCAGUUUGUUUUCAAGAUAAUAGAAAGUAAGGUCAUGAGAACAGAAGUUUCGUGAUGUCAGUGAGUUGACGUGUACAACGUGGCUGUGCUCCAUGUGAGUUUUACCCCAUUCUUCAGUUCUGAGAGUAUGUUCUCAAGGAAGAUUUAACUCUCCUUGGUUUUAAAGUACUUUUUAACCAGCCUAGUAAGUCUUACUACUUCUCGUAAUAUUUCAUAAUAGUUAAAAGUAGGUGUUUUUGCCUGCCCAAUUUGACACUCAAAAUAAUGUUCAUUAUGGAAGUUUGGUAGUACUGAGCAAGCCUGUGGAAUUUUCUUUAUGGAAAAUGAUUUUGUCCUUUGCAGAUGUUAACCAUGUGAAACACAUUUUCAGUAGAAGUAUGCGUUUCAGGGUCUGAUAUUUCCUGCACUUAGGUUUGUCCUGUGUCUUCAUGUAUUCUUACUAGGAUAGAAAAUGUUGGAAUCAGAAAAUAGAUCCAGUUUUUAGCUACAUACAGUCUAGUACAGGUGAUUUUUUUAUUCUUAAACAUAGGUGUUAUUUUUUUAAAAGACGCGCUCUACCUGAAAAGGAAAUUGGAUUUUAGAACUGGAUGUGGUGAAGUAUUUUAGGCCCAGAUCUGUGUACACAUUUUACAGAAGAGUGAAGUAUUCUGAAGUAUUUUGGUUGCCUUUUCAUUUCAGCUGUGUUUUGAAUUUGUCAGAUGAUACAUAUAUUGUGUUAUUGUGUGCUGUGGUAUCUUUUAUAAAACCUGUUGCUUGUGUGCAAGUUGCUAAAAAGAAACACAAGUAAUGCCUAUCCGUUACUAGCAUGCUAUGCUGCAGAUAAUAUUUCCAUUGCUAUAUGCUUUACUGUUUUUGUAAAAAUCCCCCCCUUCCCUUUUCUGGUAACUGGAAAAGCAUGCUAAAAAUAGUCUUGUAUUUUCACCCCAUAAAUGAAGAAUCAGUAAUUCCUUGGCUUAAAGCUCUUAUGUAAUCAGUAUUAUUGGUGAUAAAUAUCAAGUUUGGUAUCUCAUAGCUAUCUUUUUUUUAAAGAAAUGAAGUUCUUGAAAAGUUAGCCAAAUCCCGUUUUAUGGGAAUGCUCCUUAGAAUUCAUUUUGUUCAGUCGCUUUGUUUUAAAGUUGAGAAAUCUGAGGCCUUAUGAAGGUUAAGAGAACUUUCCCCAUGUCUCACAGGUAGGUAGAGGCAGAGCUGGAACUAGAAAUCUGUUCUGUUGACUCGAGCUCAGUGUCUUUUCUGGUAACUUGAAAAUUGUCUUAGUUUGAGAGAUGGCUGAAAUAAUGAACAUAAAAUGCUAUUUAUAAUAACAAGUAUAUGUGAAAUUUCCUAUUGUAAGACUACUGCCAGCUUACUGUUGAAUAGUUUGGUUAUAUAGUGUUCAGGCUAGACAUGCUUCCCACAUUGGUAAUAAAUAAACAUUACAAAAUACAAUGUAUUUUUAGGUAGGCAUUUUUUAAAAUGCAUUAUGCCAUGGUUGCUUUUGAGAUAGAUUGUAGUCUGGGUAGCAUCUUUGAAAUGUAUGUGGGCUUAACUUGUUCAUAUCAGGAGAUGCUCUGAUUGUAUAGGUGAGACUCUGUUUCUGUUAUUUUUAAUUGCUGUAUGAAAUGUGAUCAGAUUAUUUUACUACCAACAGUUAUAGUUUGAAACUGUAUUAAUUGACUGAUAAUAUGAUAAUACAGAGAUUAAAUUGUCUUCAUUCCUUA